AUGAAGAACCCUGCGAUUUUCCUACUGUUGACUUCUGUGGGAUGUAUGGCUUUCGGCACAAGGCCCCCUCACCAUUCAGCUCAUCCUCUUACUCCCUCUCAUGUGCAUGGUACAUCGUCCCACCACCGAGGCGAUGUUGCCACGGGUUGGCCAGCAAAACAUACCUUUAGCACAGUGACAUUGUCUCGUGCAAAUCAUGGCCCUAACAAUUCUGGACAUGCAGAGUCAUAUGGUUUUGAACCAAGCUCACAGCCUUAUGUUGCCCGCUUGGCAAAUGGCGAUAAGGAUCAUGAGCGGUGGCACCAUGCGAUCAGUCACAUGCAGACACAUUCUGGACAUCAUGGUCCUCCUAAGAUCGCUCCUCCACCACCCGGUAUGGCCAAGGUCCCGCGGUCUGCUCAACCUGGUCCUGAAGGGUUGAUACAUAUCUCUGCAUCAUCGCCAGAGAUGUUGAACAAAACAUCGGUUCCGCAGCCCACAGGAGCUGGCACCGAGAAUCAUAAAGAUGGCGGAGGCGCCGCAGUCGCUGGCGGUGGAGGACAUCGCGGCGAGGCGGCAAGGAUGCCUCGACUAUUGGGAGUCCUCAGCGCCCCAUUUAUGUUUGGCAGACAUAUAAAAGCAGCCGUCUUGCAUCUCAACAAGUACCAAGCGCAAGCCGACCCAGAUCCGCCAGAGAAAUAUGUUGCCCCAGUUUGCGGUAAUCCUUACUGCAAGUCUGGUGCCUCGCGUGCUAUGGCGAACCCGUUAAGAUUUCCAGUCUAUAUAUUGGCAAGGGGUUGCGCUAUCUUUGGCAAAGCUGGGGCUUGGGCAGUGGGUUCUCGGAUUGAAGGUGGUGGCCACGGUCCAGCUUUGAGUCUCCAGGCGGAUCAGGGGCCGGUUCCACUGCACGCUGGUGGGAUUUCGAAUCACGGCGACAAACACCAACCUUGUGUUAUGGCUGAUGGAAGGAAAGACCUGGUUCUUGAAGAUGGGAGGAAUGCACGCUGGUCUUUGGGCGUGGGCAGUGCUUUGAUGGGACUGUGGAGGCGACUGAGAGACUCAGCUAGCCAGGGUCAGGGCUGA